ACAUUGAGCUCAGCUGAUCACGCUUCGCGGACACAGGUCGCUCGAAGAUUCUUCUGUGAAUACUCCCUGCGGAAUUCCCCCAAUCAUGGGUGCCUUCAGCAAACUCGGUCUGGACAAGCUCGCUCUGAGUGGCAAGAGAGUGAUCAUCCGAGUGGACUUCAAUGUCCCAAUCAAGGAAGGCAAGAUAACCAACAACCAGCGCAUCGUGGCUGCCCUACCCACGAUCAAACAUUGCUUGGAAAAAGGAGCGAAGGCGGUGAUACUCAUGAGCCAUCUCGGAAGACCCGAUGGCAAUGUCAACGCGAAAUAUUCACUGGCACCGGUUGCCGAGGAACUGAAGAAACUCCUGAGUAAGGAAGUCACCUUCCUCAGCGAUUGUGUCGGCCCCGCGGUGGAGAAAGCCUGCGAGAACCCUGCGGUCGGAAGUGUCAUCCUCUUGGAGAAUCUCCGCUUCCACAUUGAGGAAGAAGGCAAGGGAGUCGACGCCGCUGGGAACAAGCAGAAAGCCGACGCUGAAGCGGUGAAGAAUUUCAGAGCGUCUCUAACACGUCUUGGGGAUAUUUUCGUCAACGACGCCUUCGGAACGGCUCAUCGAGCUCACAGUUCCAUGGUGGGUAUCACGUUGCCGGAACGAGCAGCCGGCUUCCUGAUGAAGAAGGAGCUCGAUUACUUCGCCAAGGCGCUCGACAAUCCCGCGAGACCUUUCCUCGCCAUUCUCGGUGGAGCCAAGGUCAAGGAUAAGAUCCAGCUCAUUGAGAACCUUCUGGACAAAGUCAACGAAAUGAUCAUUGGCGGAGGGAUGGCGUACACUUUCCUCAAGAUCAACAAGGGAAUGAAAAUUGGAACCUCCCUAUUCGAUGAGGACGGAGCUGCGAUCGUUGAGAAACUCCUGGCCAAAGCCAAGCAGAAUAACGUAACCAUCCACCUGCCUGUGGAUUUCGUCACCGCCGACAAAUUCGACGAGAAUGCUACCGUCGGUAGUGCUACCGUCGAAACCGGAAUCCCCGAUGGCUGGAUGGGUCUAGAUUGUGGACCUAAGUCGAUCGAACAAUUCAAAGCCGCUGUCGGGAGAGCGAAGACCAUCGUCUGGAACGGUCCUGCCGGCGUCUUCGAGUUCGAGAAGUUCGCUGCAGGAUCGAAGGGUAUCAUGGAUGCUGUCGUUGAAGCAACGAAGACAGGCGCAGUCACGAUCAUCGGUGGUGGAGACACAGCGACCUGCGCUGCCAAAUGGAAUACCGAGGAUAAAGUUUCUCACGUGUCCACUGGUGGAGGGGCCAGCCUCGAAUUGCUCGAGGGAAAAGACCUCCCAGGCGUUGUGGCCCUCUCCGAAGCGUAAGGGUCUUCGGCUUACCGAUCAAUGAGUCUGUGUUAAGUUUCCUAAGUCACUCCUAGAAUCAGCCGAGUAUUUCAGAGCGACGUCUUCUCAAGAUCCCGGAGUAAUUGGUGCAUGGAUGAGUCGAUUUAAAAGUUUGAUCGGAUAGAUAUUUGACUGGAACAUUUUUUGAUCGAAAUAAAGUAGUGAUUCAUCAUCUUCAACAAAA